UGAUUAUCGGAGGAGCCGUGGGUGGAGGUGUCGGUGGCUCGCUGGCUAGCAAGAAUAGCGACACGAAUGCGCCAUCCCAGUCAACGAAUGCACCUCCACAGUCAACGAGCGCUGCGAUACCAAGGUUUUACCGACACUAGCUUGUUAUAAGCCUCAGAAAAGACUAACAACUGGAAACAGCUUCUCUAGUUCGUCAACGACCCAAGAAAGUACCACUAUGUCGACAACUUCCUCUGCCCCCGUCACCUCGGGCACCAGCGGGAUCGCGUCGAAUCCCUGUCCGGCCAAAAAUGAAACAACCAUUCGAGCAUCUACUGGAUCGUUAUUCUCAGUGCUCUGCAGCGUCGACUGGCCCAAGGGCGUCAAAUCGGCCGAUGGAAAAGGCAAAGUGCAGGAUCUGGACUAUCGCACUGAAUACUCGCUGGAAGAUUGCAUUGGCGCCUGCAUCGAGUACAAUCAAGAUCGCACCGAGGAUAUAUGCAGAGGUGUCACAUAUUCUGCCAAUUUGACCGCUGCCUUUGACGGUGGACAAGGAGGCAAUUGUUUCUUGAAGGAUAGAAUCGGGUCUUAUUUCCCGUCGUCAGAUACCACAAUGUGUGCAGGGCUCGUUGGGGGGUAAUCGUUGGCCCAGGUUCAUGUACGAAUAUGAAUUCUGCCUUAAAUAAUUUUGGAUUUACUUCAAUCAUCUGCG